AUGCAGGAUAAGACCCCCAUUGAGACACACGUCACCGCGACCGCGGAUGCAUCGCCCAUCCGCCCGAAGACGAGGUGGGAGCGCAUCGAGGCUGUGAUCUGGGAUGGUGGAUACCGGUCGAGAGAGGAGAAGGAGCUGGUGCGCACGCUGGACAUCUUCAUCAUGAGCUGGGCCACAUAUGGGUACUUCAUUCGUUUGUUGGACUCUGGCAACAUCACAAAUGCCUACGUCUCAGGCAUGAAAGAGGACCUCAAUUUCCACGGGAACCAAUACAACCUGCUCACGACAUUCUUCACCUGCGGCUACUUGAUCGGGCAGAUCCCGUCGCAGUUUCUCCUAACAAGAAUCCGACCGUCCUACUACAUCCCGACCGUCGAGCUCCUCUGGUCGAUCAUAACCUUCUGCUUCGCAUCAGUGCAGAACGUCAAGACCGUCUUCGCACUCCGCUUCCUCGUCGGCAUGCUCGAGAGCCCCUUUGCCGUCGGCGUCCUCACAAUAAUGGGCAGCUGGUACACACCAAAGGAGCUCUCCAAACGCAUCGCCAUCUUCUACUCCGCCAGCUACGCCGCCUCCAUGUUCAGCGGGUACCUGCAAGCCGGCAUCUACAGGGGCAUGGACGGCCACCUGGGCCUGCCGGGCUGGCGCUGGCUGUUCAUCUUCUGCGGCGUGAUUUCCGUCCCCGCCGCGCUGUACGGCUUCUUCGCUGUCCCAGAUAACCCGUAUAACUGCCGCGCGCGCUGGCUGUCCAAGGAGAAACUGCAGCAUGCGACACAGCGGAUGGAGGAGAUUGAUCGGCGCAAGCCGACGGGGUUGAGCUGGAAGAAGAUGCGCAGGAUCGCCACGCACUGGCCGCUUUAUAUCAUGGUGCUGGCGUUGAUAUUCCACUGCAUCGCGACACAGCCGCUGAAUUACUUCGCCGUCUGGCUCAAGUCGCUUGACCGGUUCUCCGUCUACCAGGUUAACCUCUUCCCCACGGCGGCGCAGGCGUGCGGGCUCGUGACGACGCUGGCGUAUAGCUGGAUCUCGGAUGCGCUGGGUGGGAAGAGGUGGCAGCUGCUGUGUGUUCCUGCGAUAAUCAACCUCGUCGGAAUGGUCAUCCUCGCCGUUGGGCCGAACUACGGAGCUACGUUCCUGGGAUACAUGCUCAAUGCUGCUUCGUGGGGAUACUGGCCUGUUCUAUACGCAUGGGCGAGCGAAAUCUGCCACAAAGACGCUGAGGAGCGCGCGAUUGUUAUUGGGGUGGCGCAGACGUUCGGGCAGGCGUUUGUUGCUUGGGUUCCUCUGUUGAUCCUCGACACCGGGAAGUACGCGCCGAAGUUCACGAUGGGGUACAGCGUUAUGUCUGGGAUCAGUGUGCUUCAGUUUGGCAUAAUCUUUGUGAUUAGAUGGUUUGCGAGGAGGGAGGAGAGGCUCGAUGCCCUGACCUCGGGGAACGAGGAGCAAGGGGAUGCAGGGAUGGCGCCAGGAUUGGGUCCAGAAGGCGCAGCUGCAGAGAUUGCUGCUAGGUGA